CUUGAUCCAGCGCUUAUCUCCUACUCCCCCCUCCUCCCUGAACAUGUCUGAGAUUAUCCUGUGGGACAGCGAAGGCUGCACUGGGAAGAAGAAGGAGGAUUUCUGCUCUGACACUCCUGAUCUGGGGGUGAAGUUCUUCGGCGGAGUCGCUCGAUCCUUGAAGAUCAAAGGCAAUCACUGGGUCGCCUUCACCGGCAAAAACUACACUGGAGACUUCAAGGUGUUUGGGGAAGGCGAGCAUGAGAGAUUGGGGGCCUUGGACCAAAAGAUCAACUCCCUGAAGCUGCUGACAACCGACCUGAGCUUCCCGUCCAUUGUGCUGUACGAGCAUAUCGACUUCAAGGGACAGUCCCGCAAUGUGGACUGCAGAAUCGAUGACCUGAAGACUGGAGGCUUCGAUAACCUGGUCUCGUCCCAUGUGGUGAAGUCCGGGGUCUGGGUCCUGCACGAAGACCCCUGCUGCCAGGGUAGGCGCAUGGUGGCCUUUGAGGGAGAAAAAACGGCCAAUUACUGUAAACUGGGCUGGAAUGACAAGAUGUCCUCACUCCGUCCCUUACUGACCUCAGACUUUGAGGUGUGAGGAGUCCGCUCGUCCCCUCCUAGCGCGGGUCCACGGCAAGGCUGGUCUGCUCCGAGUGCUGCCUCAUGCUCUGCUGGUGGGAGAGACAGAGGGAGAGAGUCUGUCACCCAAUACGCUGAAUCUGCCCCUUUCCUGACUCGAGAUGGCUGUUCCUCAUCCACAUCCAAUCUGUUCACUUGGCUUUGCUCUGUCUGUUUACAAUGAAAUAAAGCUUUGAAACGCUGCAAA